AGGCCUUCAAGCGGAUGAUGGUAGAAAAGAACAUCAAUUUGCAGCUGCAAGCACUUGACGUUCUCCGCAAAAAAUUCGGCAUGGGCACGUUGGCAGUCGAGGUUUCUCCGGGAGACCAGGAAGUCCUGACCAAAGCCUCAGACUUGGCAGCUGAUGUGCAAAACGAGCCCAUGGCUAAAGCAUUGGCGUCGAGUGAUUACGAGGCCAAGCGUUUGGAAGCCCUGAAACCCGUCAAAGCCCCCAUUCGAGGGGUCGGAAUGCCCGAAGCUCCUCAACUGACAGCGUUUGAUGCCGUCGAAACCCCGUCUGACGUUGAAUCGGACGAAAUUGAACAACGACAAGCGUAUCUGAAAGAACAACGGGACAAAUUGAUCGCACUGAAAAAAGAGGUUCGCGAGGGUCAACUUCGAGCCGAGGCUAAUAAAUCUCGUCGGCCAAGAACUGCAAGAGCUGCUCAGGACACAAUCCAGGGAAAUUCAGCAGGUGUGGAAAUUGAUCCGGACACUCUGGAAAUCAGGAAGGCUUUGGCAGGAAAACUUCGGCAAGAGCUGGUUGACAAUCCUGAUCUCUGAAGAACUUUGUUCUUCUGCGAGUAACAAAGUUGAUUAUUCUGAGAUUAUAAUCGGAAAGUCAACAUGAAAUCAAGCAAUCUGGCGUCAUCUGCACUUGAAUCAUCAGUAUUUCCUUCUUUGAAAACUCAUCUUUCAUUCGGAACUAUAGAUGGACGUUUGAAUGUUCUGACUUAAUUACAUCUUGUACCGCAUGAAAUGAUUUUGCAACAAGCUUGAAAAAAUAUCAUCUGCUCAAAAACGAGCUUCUGCAUAAAUCUUUUUUUUUUAAUCAGCAGUGCUAGAUUUUGGCUACAUCACCCUGGAUAAUAUUUCUUCCUAAAAUUCAGAAUUCGAUUUUUUUUCGCAGUUUUGCUUCACUUGGUGUAAAAAAAAAGAAAAUACGACUUGGCGAUGACUGAAUAAGCAAAACAUUCAGACUAUUUGUUUUUGUUCAAACUACAAUAAGCAAAGAAGUGUAUGAACAUUGUCUUGCGGUAGAAUGGAUUGCAGUGACGUGUAAUGUGUUUCUGGAAAAUCGCAGGUUUUCUGAAGUCCAACGAUCUCAUGUGUGUACAGAAAAUUGUUCGUCUGACCCAUAUCAAUGCUAGUGACUGGCUUAAAAAAAUUAGAUGAAAUGAUUUUGAUGUAAAUAAUGAAAUGGAGCCGAUGAUCAAAUCAGCUUAAUGGAACAGGAACGCGUGUUUGAAAAUGAAGAGAGAGUAAAUACGAUAUUGUACAUAUGUUUGCAAGAACUGGGAAUAAAACAGUCGAGUUCACAACUGCUCCGCAGAAAUAGA